AUGGCACCCCCUGAGGAUAAUGAAGUUCCUGCUCAAGCAAAUGCAUGUGCUUUGAUAAAUCCUAAUUUAAGAUUACCACCGGAAUUAAACCUUCUCACUGGUAAUAUAGCGGAGAAUUAUAAAUCAUGGAAGCGACAAGUGGAAAUUUACCUGAUUGCUAGCGGUACGACGAAACUACCGGAGGAAAUUCAGACGGCGACGAUUAUCAAUUGUGGAGGUGAGAGACUUCUUAAAAUUUAUGAUCAUUUUGAGUGGACACAAGAUGAAGAUAAAAACAAGCCUGGUGAUGUAUUUAGCAAGAUCGAACAGUACUGUAAUCCUCGUAGAAAUGAAGUGGCAGAAUCGCACAAAUUCUGGAGUACCAAGUAUGUGGAACCUUUUGACCAGUUUCUUACCGAGUUAAGAAUAAAAGCGGCAUCAUGUAAUUUCAAAGAAGAGGAUCGAAUGAUUAGAGACAAGAUUGUAUUCAGUUGCUCAGGAAAAAUGCAACAGCUUCUUCUUAGGGAUGAUGACUUGGACCUUAAGAAAACAAUCAAAAUUUGUCAGUCUUAUGAACAAGCGAAUAGACAAGCAGAAGAAAUGAAGAAGGAAAACCAGUCUAGUGUACAUAAAGUUAGUGAGCAUCAAACUCCAAGAAACAGAAAAAGUACAAACAAGUUCCCUUACAAGAAAACAGCACAAAGUACACCACAAGACAGAGGAGAGAAAAUGUGCAAAUUUUGUGGAAACAAACAUGUCUGGAAGAAAGAAUUAUGUCCGGCAUGGGGAAAAACUUGUAAUAAAUGUCAUGGACGAAAUCAUUUCAGUGUGAAAUGCAAGAAAGUGCACCUGGUAGAGAGAAAUCGGUAUGACGAGUCAUCUGAUGAAGAUGAACACUGGCUGAAUGCUGUGAACUCGCUGAACUGUAAUAAUAAUUCAUUAACGGCAGUUAUGAAUGUGAACAAUUGUGACGUACGUUUCCAAUUGGACAGUGGUGCACAAACCAAUACGAUCCAAAAGAAGUAUGUUCGAAAGGAACAAGUUCGUCCGUCCUCAUCGACUCUGCGCGUGUAUGAUGCAGCACCUUUGAAAACUUUAGGAGAAGUAGACCUGUGUGUUACAAACCCAAAAUCUGGAGAAGUGGUGAAUGUGACAUUUGCAGUUGUAAGCAAUAAACUUCAGAGUUUAUUAGGACUUGAUGUUAUAAAGAAAAUGAAUCUCAUCACAGUGAAUGGUGAAAAGUUUAUCUGGAAGCUGAAUACCACAUCUAAAUCAGAAUUAGGUGACCUUGGAGAAGCUACACUUGUAAUAGAUAGCCAGAUCCAACCAAAAACUCUCCCAUGUAGAAAACUCCCUCUCGCUAUCAAAGACCGUGUGAAAGCAGAACUUGACAGUCUAGUUGACAGAGGAAUCCUUAUUCCAGUUACAACACCUACAAAAUGGGUAAAUCAGAUGGCAGUAGUACACAAAGCCAAUGGCAAAUUGAGGAUUUGUCUUGAUCCACAAGCUUUAAAUUCAGCAUUAUUGCGUGAACACUAUAAACUACCUGUACUUGAUGAUGUGCUACCCAAGCUACAAAAUGCAAAGCUGUUUAGCAAGUUAGAUGUAAAAGAGGCAUACUGGCAUGUUAAGUUGGAUAAUGAAUCCAGUUUAUUGACAACCAUGAUCACCCCAUUUGGUCGAUACAGAUGGCAGAGACUCCCAUUUGGAUUAAAAGUUUCUAGUGAAAUUUUUCAGAGAAAGUUGACUGAAGCUCUGGGUGAUAUUGAAGGUGUUUUUACCAUAGCGGACGAUAUCAUUGUUACUGGAUGUGGAGAUACUAUUCCAGAAGCUGAAAGAGACAACAAGGAAAAACUGAAACUCCUGUACUCAAGAUGUAAUGAAGCAAAGAUCAUCCUGAAUGACGAAAAAAAAAGAAAUCGGACUCCAAGAAAUUACUUUUCAUGGGCACAAAGUAACUAG